CUCAUGCAACCCGACGUCUGGCCUCUUCCUCUCUCUAGCUCAGUCAGCAGAAGUGGGGCAAAGUCACGCAAAAGCUCCACCGGAGUUUUAACUGGACAUUAUUUAAAUCGGACGGAACGCGAAAGUUAUGCUCAGCUGUCAACACUGUGGUGACAAUCCGUAAACUUUGUUUUAUGAUGGUUGUUGUUGCUGUUUUCUCUUCGGAGUCGGUGAUAUCGAGGGUUUCUGCUUUUGUGGAAGACCCUGAACGCAGAUUCAGUCGGCGUGGCUGAAGCCUGUUGGGCGCGUGUAUGUAUGUAUGUAUGUGUGUGUGUGUGUGUGUGCGCCCCUCCCGGUCAGGUGACUGAGGUGUGUCUAAUCACUAGAGCCUCUGGAGAUGCUUUGUUCGAGUCUACCUGUUGUCAACUGAAAGAUGAUCUGCUGCGGCUCUGCGGUCAACUGCGUCCUGUACUGAACUAGGACUCUACUCGGGGAAACAUGAUCAAGUAACAUCUGAGGGGUCGUUUCUAUCUUAAGGACACAGUUUUACCUUGAUCUAAAUAUAUAAAAGGGACGUUUGGGUUCUAAACGACCGCCAAGCGACUUUAUUUGACAACAAACUUCUCACUUUAAAAUGGAAACGCUUUACGAGAAGAACUUUUCUAGCCGUUAACUGAGCAACACUUUCCCCAAGACUUCAUUUUGAGGGGUUUGCAGUAGCUCUUAACUAAUUAUAUUACUAAUAACGAUAACAAAGAACAUCCUUCUUUGAUUAGCUAAUUUGGAUUGUGUUUGGAAACGCAAUGGCUCUCUCUCAGGUUCAGUGUCUUGAUGACAAUCAUGUGAACUGGCGUCUAAAUGAGUCCAAACCGGAGUUUUUCUACAGCGAGGACCAGCGGCUCGCUCUUGAGUCUCUUGCCACGAAAGGACGCGACGCGUUUGACGCCUUUGUGAAGGAGCGUGAACUGCGUCCGUUCCUAUCCGAACCCGAACUCGAGAGGUUUCGCAGGAACAUUGAAGAUUAUAAACCCGGCUCUGAGCAUCAAAAACAGGAUGGUAUGACGGAGGGAGAGGACGGGACGGUGUCUUUACAGUACUGGCCGGAUCGCUCUGACACAUCAAUACCGAAUCUGGAUCUCGGAUGGCCCGACUGCAAUUCUUACCGCGGAGUGACGCGUGUUAAUGUGUACACGCAACCGCCAAUUGACGGACAAACGCAUAUAAAAGAGGUUGUGAGAAAGGCCAUCGCGCAAGCACAGAAGAUGAUAGCGGUGGUAAUGGACGUUUUCACAGACGUUGACAUUUUUAAGGAUCUAAUAGAGGCUGGUUUUAAAAAGAAAGUAGCUAUAUACAUUAUUAUUGAUAUUGGAUCCAUACAGCACUUUCUUCUUAUGUGUGAGAGAGCCAACAUGCAUAAAGGACACCUCAAUCAUCUGCGGGUACGAUGCAUUGGUGGUUCUGAAUUCUACACACGCUCUGCUCAGAAAGUGCGAGGAUCAUUGAGUCAGAAAUUCAUGUUUGUGGAUGGAGACCGUGCUGUGUCUGGAUCAUACAGUUUUACAUGGACUGCUUCGCGUUUGGACCGCAACAUCAUAACUGUUCUGACAGGACAGGCCGUUGAAACAUUUGACAAGCAGUUCCGUGAAUUAUACAUGAGUUCUCGUGGGGUCAACCUCUCCAAGAUCCCAAUGGCGGAACCUCCGGAGCCAGAACCUACUCCAGUCGCCGUUCCUCCCCCUGUUCCCGUUAAUGUUGCAAGAAAACUGAUUAACCCCAAAUAUGCAUUGGUCAAUGCAGAUGCUUCAAGCAAAGCAUCUUCAGAAAAAGCCAGUGCUAAGAACAGUAACACCCCAAAUCCCAUGGUCCAGCUUCCCAAGCGUCAACGGGAAUUGCCGGAAGCACCACCAAAGCAUCCAGGACUUGUAGGAUUGCCAAAGGCAGAUCUUAUUCCCUAUCUGCCCAUCUGGCCAGAGCCAGACCCACCUAGUGAUGUUAUUGGGUUCAUUAAUAUCCGUGACACAAGCAAGCCAGCACCAGUGCAUUUAAUGCGCUCCCAAAGGUUUGAAACAUCUCAAGCAAUCCGAUUUAAAGACCCUUUCACAGCCCCACCCGAGGAUCCGCUUCCAGAAAAAGCAACUCCUCGUCCUAAAACAGCACAACUGUCUAAAAUAAAUUCUGUAGAUCCAAAUGUUCAAUCAGUCGCUAAACCUCAGCCUGAUUCUAGCAAUGCCGAUCAAGAUACUCCAGCCAAUACAUCUCAGACGCCAAACUCUCCAGAUCAACAACAAGAUCCCAAACCCAACCCUCCACCACAAGAGCCGGAGCCUAAUCCUGAACCAGCAGAAGUCCAGCAGGCUGUAGAAAUUCCUGUGCCCAAACCACGCACUCUUCAGUUAGUAGUUAAUAUUUCAGAAGGCUCUGGAGACGCAGAGGUCACUUUAGUGAAACGAGAGGAAAACCAGACCAUCAGCUUAAAGGAUGCACACUUGGACGUUCAAGAUAACGACGCAGACAGCACUGCUGUAACCUGUGCGCAUUCAUUAAAGGAUAAAGAUGAGAAUUCCACAACCUCUGAUGAAUACUAUGAAUGUACUGACUCUGAUAGCAGCGAUAAGCUCCCUAAUGGAAGGAUAACAGGUUCUGGUCGUGUUGGAGACCACAGCCCUGAUGCGCUUAACGUGAUGGCCCGCUUCUCUCAAUCCAUGCUGGACUUGCGAUCGGAUGACCCUGAUCUACGAAGCACUGUUGAGAAAAAUCUACUGAAUGCACAAAGCAGAGACAAAGCAAAGCUUUACCAGAUGAUCUCUAGGUCGCCUGUUCGGGACACUUACGGCCGAGCCAAAUUGGUGAUCGGUAAACCUGGAGGGUUUCAUAGGCACCUUAAAAGCAGUGAUCACUUGAUUUGGGGCCACAGGUACUGGCAGGGGAAGAUGCAUGCACCUGAACCACCCUCUAAUGGAUCAGGCCAGCAAAACCUACACCGCUCUGGACGGUCGCCUAGAAGACAAAACCCUGGCUAUAGGAUUGAAGGACUGCGAACCAGCCAAACACCCGCUCAGCGGCUCAUGCACACCCAAUCCCUCUCUCCCUCUCGUCGGGUCUCACAGACAAAGUCUUUGUCUCCUCAUAGACGGGUCGAGACUCGUACGCCAUUAGGAAUUCCUUUAUCUAAAUAUGCCAGCUUCAAACACCUCAAGGCGAAGGUUCCAGUGAACACGUCUGGUUUUGCUUUGGGGGAUAAAUUGCUGACACAGAGGCACAAGGACAAUUAACUGAUUUAUGGUGGCUUUCUUCCCAGCAGAAACGACUUUGUAUUGAUUACAAAGGCGUGAAUGUGCAAUGAUGUUGCCACCGCUUCAAAUGGAGUUCAACUGGAUCUCCAACUGACACGAGUAUUACAGUGGCAAACAAACACUGAUAUUUUUCUGGAUACUUGUUACAGACAGCCUUACUCUUCACUGACGUGCCUUUAUUGAGUAACGCGGACUGGAAUUUGGUGGUGGAUUUGUGACCAUGGUGAUGGAAAUUUCACAUUCACCUCUGUUGUUGACUAAUUAUUGUCUCAGAUUCUGGGAAAAGGAUGUUGAAAAGAUUAAGGUACAGUACAAGCUAACCACGAGUUAUUGUUUAAAAAAAGCACAGCACACAAAUCAGAGUCAAAACAAAAGACAAAACCGAGGCUGACGUUUUCUUCGGUUUCGUCACAGAUGAAGUCCUGUUUACACUCAGACUAAUGUUUGGUGCUCAAAUUUGUUGCGCUAAACAAAUUCAUUUAAACGAAUGACAUUUGUUCAGACUGACAUGUACUUUUGCAUGCCGUUAGUGCAGCAAAUCCUUUGUUUACAGGGAGGUGCUCUAAUGUCUUUUCCGUUGUACUAUGAAAAAGCCUGUUUACCAGUAAGGCCUUGUUUACACCUGUUAUUAAGAGGCUUUUUUUGUUGACCUAAUCACAAAUGUACAACCCUAAUUAGAAGUGUAAAUGAGCUUACAAGAGAGAAAAAAAGUUUUGCAUGUUAAAAUACACAUGGAAUGCAUGGGAAACACAUGAAUUGUAGUUGGAUUUCAGAUGAAAAUGUUUUAAAACCAUAUUUCAUCUGUUUUCCACAUGUGAAUGUGAAGUUGAUAGCACAUGUGUGAAGCUCUUUAGGUUUGUAAGUUGCCUGGGUUGAGCUUAUCUACAACUGAUCACUUUUAGAUGCAGUCCAAAAAUCUGCAUUAGGCCAAAUUUGGUUUUACAGUGAACGGUUUUGAUUGGAAAUCUCGAAUAAACCUGCAACAGCCUUGUCAACUAUCAAAAA